AUGCCUCCAAAGUCAAAGACAAAGUCAAAGCCGAAAGCAAAAUCAGGAGGACCACCACCAGCAGCAACAACAACAACAACAACAACAACAACAACAACAUCAACAACAGCACCUUCAGAUUCAACAACCACAGAAUCGUCACACGGAUCCUCAACAAACACGCCUGCCACUAAAACAAAGGCCGAGACCACCAGCAACAGUAGUAGUUCCACAGUCCCCUCAACGGCUACACCAUUACCUCCGAUCGACUAUGUCGGGUACGAAUCAGAGCAUCAACUCCAGGGGAUGAUGUCGCUGAUCGAGAACGAUCUCUCGGAACCUUACUCCAUCUACACCUACCGCUACUUCCUCCACCAGUGGCCCAAACUCUCUUUCCUCGCGAUGGAUAGGGAGAAGGGGACGUGUAUUGGGGUGAUUGUCUGUCGAUUGGAACCACACGGUCACUCGGCACGGAACCGUGGGUAUAUUGCCAUGUUGGCCGUCUCGAAGGAAUAUCGGAAACGCAAGAUUGGCUCGACCCUUGUCCUCAUGGCUAUCGAAGCCAUGAAAAGUGCUGGCGCCGACGAGAUUGUGCUGGAAACCGAGUAUACGAACCAGAGCGCGAUUGCGCUGUAUCAGCAGAUGGGAUUCAUCAAGGACAAGAGACUCUAUCGCUACUACCUCAAUGGUGUCGAUGCCUUCAGGCUGAAACUCCUCUGCAAACCCGAGCUACUCGCCUUAGACCUGGCUCCAGUAAACGCAUAG